UUGGGCCUCACUUUAAGUCCAACAACUUUUUUUUAAAUAGUUUUUUUUUUCAAAGAAUCUGUCACAUUGACCCGGGUUGAAACCAUCCAUCCAAAUGUAACCCGAAGUUACAUAUUCUCCAUGAUUGUGAAAUGGCUUCCAAGAGCUUGAAGCUAUCGAAUUAUCUACGGUUCUUUUGCAAUUUCAAUUUCAAUCCUUUAACCCCUUAUCGCUUUUCACGCCUAAACAGCACCAGAGGGAAAAACUCCAUAGAUUUGAAGCAGUAUCCCCCAGAGCUCGUUAGAAGCUUCUCGGCUGCACAAUUUAAUCAUGGCAACUCCAUUCAAAGGAAAGGCCAUGGACACCCUCACUAUCUUGAUGAGUCUCAGGUUGAGAGAGUAAGGGGAAUCAUGGUUAAAGCAAAGUCAACAAGAAUGUUCUAUAAGCGUAGCAGAAAUGGUGAUGAUUGUAGUGUUGGAAAGGAGUCACAUACAUUUUCACAAAAUCCUAUUGGCAGUCCCGAGUCAUGUUCACAGCUCAAAGUUGAUGUUGACACACUCACCAGAAUCAUCAACGACCACCCUUUCCCAUUGCAACCCCUUCACCCUACACUCCUCCACCUCCUCCCUCCUUCCUCUUUCUCUACUUCCCUUGUGGAAAACGUCCUCGGCCGGCUGUUUGCUGCACAUUCCAAUGGUCUCAAGGCCUUGGAAUUCUUCAACUACUGCCUCAUCCAUUCCCAUUUGCCCUUAAGUCCUGAUUCACUCAACAUGACCCUCCACAUCCUUGCACGGAUGCGUUAUUUUGACAAAACUUGGGUCCUGUUGAGGGACAUUGCAAGAAGCCACCCUUCUUUGCUCACCCUUAAGUCAAUGAGCAUUGUGCUCUCAAAAAUCGCCAAAUUCCAAUCCUUUGAAGACACCCUUGAUGGGUUUAGAAGGAUGGAAGAUGAAGUGUUUGUUGGCAGGGAAUUUGGCACCGAAGAGUUCAAUGUGCUUCUUAAAGCAUUUUGUACACAGAGGCAGAUGAAGGAAGCCAGGUCUGUGUUUGCGAAGCUUGUGCCACGGUUUACUCCUAAUACCAAGUCCAUGAAUAUUCUUCUCCUGGGGUUCAAAGAAUCGGGUGAUGUUACUUCUGUUGAGCUUUUCUAUCAUGAAAUGGUUAAGCGUGGUUUUAGUCCGGAUGGAGUGACAUUUAAUGUUAGGAUUGAUGCUUACUGCAAGAAAGGUUGUUUUGUUGAUGCUUUGAGACUUCUGGAGGAGAUGGAGGGGAGAGAUAUUGUCCCUACCAUUGAAACUAUAACUACUUUGAUUCAUGGAGCAGGGUUGGUUCGAAAUAUAGGCAAGGCGUGGCAGCUGUUUAGUGAGAUUCCUUCAAGAAACUUGGUUGCCGACACUGGCGCUUAUAAUGCUUUGGUUACUGCUUUGGUUAGAAACAGAGAAAUUGAAUCUGCUUUGUCCUUGGUGGAUGAGAUGGCUGAAAAACACAUCGAGCUAGAUGGUGUCACUUACCAUACAAUGUUCUUAGGAUUGAUGAGGUCAAGAGGGAUUGAAGGUGUGAGUGAGCUUUACCAGAAGAUGACUCAAAGGGGUUUUGUUCCAAAAACAAGGACAAUUGUAAUGCUGAUGAAGUUUUUCUGUCAAAAUUGUCACCUUGAUUUAAGUGUAGGUCUGUGGAAGUACCUGGUGGAGAAAGGGUACUGUCCCCAUGCUCAUGCUUUAGAUCUUCUGGUCACUGGAUUGUGUGCAAGGGGUUUGGUGCAUGAUGCUUUUGAGUGCUCCAAACAAAUGUUGGAGAGAGGAAGACACAUGAGUAGUGCAUCAUUUCUGAUGCUGGAGAGGUUUUUGUUGCAGGCGGGUGACAUGGACAAGUUGAAGGAGCUUGACCAGAUGAUUAAAAAAUUGCAGAGUGUCUUACCACCGUCUAGAGGAAACACUACUGGUAUUUUUACCUCUAGGGUUAUAACGUAGCAUCAUUUAGUCUAAAAUACAACAACUAUUGCCGCCCUGAUUUUGAUGGAUUUUUCUUUUGUACUAACAUGUUAUUUCUCUGAAUUACAAUUUAACGAUCAUAGUAUAUUGAUUAAGUAAAAGUCCUCCAAUUUGUUGAUCAAAGUCAUGAAUAAUAUUUUGACAGCUUAGUUGGUGAAGUUAGGUGGAGAUGGAAAGGGAAAUCACAGUUAAGGUCCAAACAGACAGUGUUCUAUAAGCACAGAUGGUGAUGAUUGUAUUUAUAGAAAGGAGUCACGAAAAUUUCCCUGAAUUUUAUUGACAUACAUGGGCAUGUGAACUUUAGUCAUGAAGUGUCAAGGUCACUGGCAGUUUGUCUCGGUUUGCUUUUGGUUGUUAUGCUGCUCAGGGGAAGGUUUGCUUUGUUGCUAACAUCUGUUAAAACUGUAGAGGUUCUUGAGCAAGUGCUUUCGGCAGUCAUAGGGCACAUACCUUCCCCUCAAUGGAAGAGUGAUUCUCCUCUAUGGAUGGUUUUUGUUUUAUUCAUACUAUGAUUGAAAGGGGGUAAAAAUGCCAUGUUGCAAUUGUUGAUGGUGUCCUGGAUAAGGGGUAUACGGUUUCUUCUGCAUCUAAUAGGCAGUCAUAUGAAGUUUUAGAUACAGGCAGCAUGCAUCCUGAACUUGCACCUACUGGAAAUCUUGCUUACUGAAACCCAUUAUGUUUCAGCCCAGAGACAAGUAACUGGUUAUGUAUCUGAUCAAGGUGUCUCUUGUGGGUAGAAUUAUAAAAAAAAAACGCCUAAAAAGAGUCUGAAUUGACACUACGAUCACGGUUAACAGAAUGUUCAGGAUGAAGAGCUGAUGAAGAACAAAUAUAUUUGACACACUUGAGCUGAUGAAGAACAAAUAUAUUUGACACACUUGAGCACCAAGCAUGUGGGUAUUUCAGAAGUUGUAAUGUUUCGGUAUUUUGCAGUAAGGGGAGAUAAGCUAAAGAAAUUCCAAACCAUAGUCCUGCGUCCAUUAUCUUCAAUGUAUCUUUGCAAAUUCUAAACUCAUCAACACAUUUCAAUUAGACAAAUGGUGAUCUAACCAAUUCAGUUUCUCGUUUCCAGCUCCCAGCCUAUUGAAGCUCGAUUUAGUUCUGAUUUCUCUGUCCAGCCUAAUUUGGAGCACACUGAACUGAAGCUUUUAGUCAAACACCUAGCCUAUGUUAAGAGAGGAGAUAAGUGACAACAGAACUUGUUGAAGCAUUUAGUCGAACACGUAGGCUAUGUAAACAUUAGAGGGUGUAAUCAGUAAUUUGAAUCAACUGUGUAUUGGUUGUCGCUGUGUCUGCAUAUAAAAAAGUAAACACUAAUAAAUGAUUUAU